AUGAAAACGAAAACACCAUAUUUGAGAGAAGAUAAAACAUCAACGACAUUUCUUGAAAAUCAAUUAUUGAGACAAAAAAUCAUAGUAUUAAAACGUAAACAUGAAUUUGACUAUGAAAAAAUAAAAAAUUUAUAUGAUGAAAAUAUUGUAUAUUCCAAUUGUUUGAAACAAGAAAUAUUAACAUUAAAUCAACAUUUAAAAUCAAACGAAAAUGAAUUGAAUCAUGUUAUCUCAUGUCUUCGAUUAGAAAUGCGUACCAUGAAAAUGUUAUAUGAACGAAAAUUACGAUCAAAUGAUCAUCAGUAUAAUGACCUAAUUAUGAGACAUACCGAACAAUUAGUAAAUUAUUCGAAAUUAAAAGAAAAGUAUGGAUAUUUAAUUCGAAAAAAUAAUUCUAAAACAAUUACCAAUGAUGAACAAUUGGAUUUAAUUGUAAGAGAAAAUGAACAUCUUAAACAAACUAUUCAAAAUUUAAUUAAACCAAAAUUUUCAGUCAAUCAACAAGUAGCAAAUGUUGCAGAAAAUCGUAUACGAGAUGAAUAUAAUAUGAAACUAGAAUCAAUUAAACAUGAUUUAGAACAUCAUUUACGUGAUGCUUACGAAACAAAAUUACAAGAAUCAAUUCAAAAAGCGCAACAACAGCAACAAGAAGAAGUUGAAAUGCUGCGAAAAAAAAUUCGUCACUUACAAAUUCGUGAUGAAAAUAUAAAUAAUAUUCAUAAUGAAAUAACAAAAAAAAUGAGAGUAAAUUAA